CUGUACGUUUGCGCUGCGUGUUGGUUUGAUUCUUCUACAAUAAUUGUAGAACUGGAUUUUCCUUAGCUCACUUCACUACCCUUUUUGUAGUUUGCUGUGUACAGUUUAGCUUGCUGCGUAUUUAUCCACUCGUGAUAUUUUUAUCUGGGAAUCUCAACUCCCCGUGGACUACAGCUCUUCACCACAAUCUGAGAUGCCUGCCAAGCGGUCGCGAGCCAGCAUGGCUCACGUGGCCGACAGCCCGGUCGAGCCGAGCAGCAAGAAGGCGAAGACGGAUGCGCCCAGCCUGUCCACGUUCACCAAGGAGUCCAUCACCAAGCUGACCUAUGAUGAGCUACGCCAGGCAUUGAGGACGUUCGGGGAGAGCCCUGGUCCGAUUAGCGAUGCUACAAGGCCUAUGUAUGAGCGUAUGCUGCUGAAGCGUCAGCAGGAGGAAACGGCUGCCCAGGAGAAGGCAGCCGCAGCGCCGUCGCAGUACGCGUCGGUGCUGUCGCCGCCCACUGGCAAAUCCUCGGCUGCCCAGCGCAGCGCGGCCAGUUCCAAGGCCAGCACCGCCGCCGCCAUGGAGACCCAGGCACAGUCGCACUUGCUCGGCUCCCCGUGGUCUUCGAGUUCUCAGGCUGCAUCCUCGCUGGCCUCUCCCAGGCCGCGUACGAGCACAGUUUCGGCUGCACCAACUACGUUCAGCAGCAAAACUGCCAAGACAUCGAUCAAUGCACGCGACACUAGAGGCCUUGUUGCCGCGACAUACACACCGCUCACUUCAUCCGGUGAUAUCAACCUGGCUGUUAUUGAUCAGUAUGCUGACCAUCUCUCACAGCAAGGCGUUGCAGGAGUGUUUGUGAAUGGCACUACGGGAGAGGGGGUGAAGUUCUCCGUGGACGAGCGCAAGGACCUUGUGGAGAGGUGGAUGUCUGCAGCGAGCGGAAAGCUAUCCGUGUUUGUCCACGUGGGUGCGGAGAGCAUCAAGGACGCACAGGAAAUGGCUAUUCACGCUUCUGAAGUGGGUGCGCACGCCAUCGCUGUCAUUGCUCCGACCAUGUUCAAACCAAAGACAGCAGAUCACAUGGUUGACUAUUGUGCAGCGGUGGCACUAGCUGCACCUGACGUGCCACUUUACUAUUAUCACAUCACCGGUCUGACUGGCGCUACUUUCUCCAUUGAAGAUUUCCUAGAUUCGGCCGUUACCCGUAUCUCAUCCUUUGCUGGCGUGAAGUACUCCGAGGCCGAUCUGGCCAUCUUCAACUCCUGCCGCUAUCACAACGACCGCACACUGCACAUGAUGUACGGCAAAGAUGAGCAAUUGCUGGCAGCAUUGGCCAUGGGCGCUAACACGUUUGUUGGCAGCACUUACAAUCUGUACCCCAAGCUGUAUCAUGCAAUCGCUAAGGCGUUUGAGAACGGCCGCAUGGACGAGGCCAGAGAUCUUCAGGUAGUGUCCUGGAGAGUGAUCAAGAUCCUGCUGCGCUUCGGUGGCGUCAUUCCGGCUGGACGAUGCCUUCUGGAGCAUCUUGGUAUUGCCGUUGGACCGCCUCGCGUUCCCGAUCGUGCACCGGAUGCUGCCAAAGUCAAGCUUAUGAUCCAGGAGCUGAAGGCAACUGGCCUGUUUCAGUUCACUUGAGCUGUGCGCUGGAGUCGCCAAUGUUCAGGGUUGAAUGUUUUCCUCCGCUGCUCCAACUGUUUUUCGUUUCUUUUUUAAUAUUUGGGGCUGGUCCCGGAUGUUCUGUUAAUCUGUAGUGUUAUAGCUCUUGACAAUCUACGUUUCCCUGAGAACGCCGUUGCAGGCGUGCAUUCUCGUUCAUCGCCUUUUCUUGUGACUCCCACGCCAGUGACCCAGAGCACUCACGGCCCGCAUUGCGUGCGCGUUACAGCAUAGAAAAUGUCAUGAAAUUCCUGAAGUGUAGGGCUAGACAAAUGCAAAUGCCAUGUCUUCUUUUUUUUUUUUUAAAUAUUAGCCAUGACCAACUAUCUCAUCGAUCCGUAGCUGUUAGUUGUUGACUUUUAUCGAAGCUCGUCAAUUUUUUACUGCAUCUGUACCUGACAGAAUGAAUAUCUUUUAUGUAGAAUUCCCUCUUAAAUAAAUGCAUUAAAAAAAUGUUGAUGCGUCACUUUG